UUGUUUUUUUAGUGGUAGUGUGUUGUUUUAAAAGACUGCGUCAUUUGAAGCAUUUCUAUAUGUAUGUAUGAUGAAAGCAGUCUCAUAACACAGCUGUGUUUACACAACCCACCCAGCAACACGUUGUACCUCUGCUACGUUAGGUAAGAUAUAAAAUGUUAAUAGGAUCCUCUAAAUUCAAAUGAAAGUGCUCCACACUCACACACACACACACACACUCACAAUUUCUGUGUUUACAAAUGAGCUAUAAAUACUGCAUUGCUAAUCCAAUGAGUAUAAAAGACAUUAAUAAUAUUCACAUUAAUACGUACUGUAGAUAUGAAUGAUAGCCUACUUUUCUUUCAUUAGCUUAAUAGCUACUUAUAAAUCCAGAACUGUACAUUCAAUAUUAAACGAAGACACUGUUGGCCCAGCAGCUCUUUUUCUCUAAUGUAUUAAUAGAACACAGUCAUGAUAUCCCCCCUCCUUCCUCCCCCACUCGUAUCCUGCCCUAGUUUCCAUUCCCAGCUAUGCAGUGCACCCUCUCACACUCAGACAGCAACCAAAACAACACUCCACAUUCUCAGGGACAGGCGGUUCGAAAGGCACAUUCUGGGGGAAGAGAGGCACGGCGACAGCAUAAUCUGUAGCUAUCAUUCAAAAGGAUGUUUGAUUUAAAGUGUACCCACUCUGUGGAAUACUAAUUAGCUGAGCUCGGGGUAUUAGUCACGGUCCUGUAGAUAUGGUCUUCCUUGUUCUAAGAAAUCUGUUUGAUGUCUCUAGCUGCUUCUUUAUGUCCGUAUUUCAAAUUAACGUCAGUCAAGGAAAAUGGGCUGUAUAAAUAAAAUAGCACAGAUUUAAUAGAAAACAUUAGGGUGAUUAUUAUCUCUAUCCUAUGAAUAAUACGGAGAAAGAGGAUAAUGAUGAUGAUAACGUGUGGAAUGCAGCUGCAGUUAUUCUGGACAUUGAUUCAGGAUCCUGGGCGGACCGCUCACCCCUCCACGAUGCUGCGAGUCAGGGCCGCCUCCUGGCUCUGAGGACCCUCAUUUUACAGGGUCACAAUGUGAAUGUUCUGACUAUAGACCAUGUGACACCCCUUCACGAGGCCUGUCUGGGAGACCAUGUUGCUUGUGCCAGAGCUCUCAUUGAUGCAGGAGCAAACGUCAAUGGUUCCACAAUUGAUGGAGUCACCCCUCUGUUCAAUGCCUGUACAGUGGGCAGUGUGGCAUGCACUGAAAUUCUUUUGGAAAAUGGAGCAAAACCCCAGAGUCUUGUAUACCAUCCUUCACCGAUACACGAAGCGACCAGCAAAGGUCAUUACGGUUGUGUGGAGGCUCUGGUGACUUGGGGGGCAGAUGUGGACAUGGACAUUCCUCACCUGGGCACAGCGCUCUAUACAGCCUGCGUCUGCCAAGAGCUGGAGUGUGCCAGGAAACUCCUGCGGGAAGGUGCCAACGUACAGAAAGGCAAAUCCCUGGAUUCUCCAUUACAUGCAGCUGCAGAAAAAGACUGCACAGCUGUAGUGAAGCUGCUGCUGGACUUUGGCGCAGACAUCAAUGCCAGGAAUACAGAGUUUCAGAGGCCAGUAGAUGUGGCUCCACCCAGCAGUCUAACAGAGGGCUUUCUACUGCUCUACGAAGCUACACCGCGACUCCUGAGCCAGUUGUGUCGCCAGUGCAUCAGAACCUGCGUCGGCCGUGACAGACUCCACCUUCUUUCCCACCUUCCCCUUCCCAACAGACUCAAGUGCUACCUGCAGUACCAAUGACAGGAAGAACAACCAAAUGGGACUUACAGGAAGAGGCCUUUCACACCAACAUCACAUCAAAUCCACAAACUCCUCCUAACUUUAAUAAUAGCCACGAGCCAAUCCAGUAAGGGCAAUUAAUUUGAAUUGGCCACAGAGCAUUCACUGUGUAGCUGUGCUGAGCUGGCCUGAUUCCCAUAUGCGGAUGUGUGGAUCUGGAUGAAUGUGACACAGGAUGCUGUUAAAACGAGCUUGUAGGCCUUGUGUUCCCUGGAUUAAUUACAGUUGUUAAAAAAUACAUAAUGCAUAUCAGUGUAUUUUCUGCUCUGCUGUGUUUAGAAGAUGCCUUAAUAGCUGCAACAGCUACCAGAGUGUGAUACAAUUUAUUAAGUUUUACAUUAUAUGAUUACAAUAUUGUAUAAACGCACACAACAUACGAAUGAGUAUUUAUAGUUUUGCAUUACUACCUAAUGCACUGCACACUACUAGAUUAUUAAAAAACAAUGUUUUGAAACUUGG